UGAAAUUUUACCGCAUGUUUUUGUUUACAAACUUAUACUCAAUGCGUUUUGCUUAUGCUCAAUGCACAGCGGGGAAAAAUGGGUUGUAAGAAAAUAGAUAAAAGAAUUCGAUAUGUCAUUGAAAACUGUGUUUCAUAUCGUUAUAGAUCUAUGUUUUUUAUUCUUGGAGAAAAGGCUAGAGAACAACUUGUGUUCCUGUAUCGAAUUUUGUCAAAAUCUAGAGAAGAUGCUAAUAUUCCAAAACCAACAGUUCUUUGGUGUUACAAGAAAGAUCUUGGAUUUAACAUGUUCCACCAUAAGAGAUUGCGCCAACUGAAGAAAAAAUUUGACGGAAGUUAUUCAGUAUGUAAAGACGAUGUAUUUGAUAUCUUUCUUGUAUCUUCCAAUAUUCAGUUCUGCCAUUUCAGGUAACAGUAUCAGGCU